UGGACAAAACGUGCCGCCCUUACCCCCGAGGACGGCAAAGAGCUAGACCAGGGCGCCAAGAGCACAUGCUUACCGUUUUCACAUGUGUGGUGCCUGCCGGUACGAGCAGCGCAUGUGCCAGCGCAGCGCGCUGUACGAGCGGACGAGAGAGCACAUGCAGCGGCGGCAGCGAGACGAGAGCCCCAAGCCUGUUCCGGUGCUCGUUCUCCCUGGGGGCUGUUGCAUCUGAAAAUUUUUUUUGGCUCCGAUGUAUAAAGACGGACCCAUUUCCCGCAUCUUGCAGACGGGCCUGUAUGGUUGCGGGUGUCAUAGCAGGUACCGCCCUUUCUUCUGCUGCAGUCUAGGUUUUCUUCCCCGACAGACGACCUUUGUACAAGCAAAAGCGCCUACAACCACACCCAAAUAAACCACACAAUGUCUGAAACUUUCCUUUUUACUUCUGAAUCCGUUGGUGAAGGCCACCCAGAUAAGAUCUGUGACCAAGUCUCGGACGCCAUCUUAGACGCAUGUUUGGCCGGCGAUCCAUUGUCUAAGGUUGGUUGUGAAACCGCAUCCAAGACCGGUAUGAUCAUGGUUUUCGGUGAAAUCACCACCAAGGCCAACGUUGACUUCCAGAAGGUCAUCAGAGACACCAUCAAGCACAUUGGUUACGACGACUCUGAAAAGGGUUUUGACUACAAGACCUGUAACGUUUUGGUUGCCAUUGAACAACAAUCCCCAGACAUCGCCCAAGGUUUGCACUACGAAAAGGCCUUGGAGGAAUUGGGUGCCGGUGACCAGGGUAUCAUGUUUGGUUACGCCACCGACGAAACUGACGAGAAGUUGCCAUUGACUCUUUUGCUUGCGCACAAGUUGAACGGCGCCAUGGCUGACGCCAGAAGAAGCGGCUCUUUGCCAUGGUUGAGACCUGACACCAAGACCCAGGUCACCAUUGAAUACAAGAAGGAAGGUGGUGCUGUUGUCCCACUGAGAGUUGACACCAUUGUCAUCUCCGCCCAGCACUCCGACGACAUCUCCACUGCCGACAUCAGAACCGAGUUGACCAAGCACAUCAUCAAGAAGGUCAUCCCAGAACAUUUGUUGGACGACAAGACUAUUUACCACAUCCAACCUUCCGGCAGAUUCGUCAUUGGUGGUCCACAAGGUGAUGCUGGUUUGACCGGUAGAAAGAUCAUUGUUGACACCUACGGUGGUUGGGGUGCUCACGGUGGUGGUGCCUUCUCAGGUAAGGACUUCUCGAAGGUUGACAGAUCUGCUGCUUACGCUGCAAGAUGGGUUGCCAAGUCCUUAGUCAACGCAGGUUUGUGCAGAAGAUGUUUGGUCCAAUUCUCCUACGCUAUUGGUGUUGCUGAGCCAUUGUCCAUCUACGUCGAUACCUACGGUACCUCUGACAAGACCUCCGAAGAAUUGGUUGCUAUUGUCAGAAACAACUUCGACUUGAGACCAGGUUGUUUGGUCAGAGAAUUAGACUUGGCAAGACCAAUCUAUUUCAAGACCGCUUCCUACGGUCACUUCACUAACCAAGAAAACACUUGGGAACAACCAAAGAAAUUAAAGUACUAAGUUAAUCCAAUUCACUUCUAGAAUAGAUCUUUUCUACCCAUUUUGUCAUUCGAAUUAAGAUAAAGCAAUGAAUGGAAGACAAGAAACAAACAUAACAACUUACCCAACGUUCUUCUCUUUAAAAAUAAUCAAAUCCAAUUCCACGCUCAACUCGUCGAAUUAAAAAACUAAUAUUAGUCAACGAAUUCUAAUGUAUUCAUCUUUUUUCCUUACACGCUGUUUAUCAUUUUUUCCUUUCUCCGAAACUUUAUUUAUAGUUCCACUCUUUUUUUCCCAACACUCCCAUCAAUUUUGUGUAUAAUCCCUUUCCCC